AUGAACCAUAGAGAAUUAAAUGUUUGUUUUUUGGGAAAUUCUGAAGUUGGUAAAUCAUGUAUAAUUGAUUCCAAGAUAAAUGAAUAUCUUCCAACUAUUGAAAAUAGAAGUAAAAAAAUGAUGCAAAUAAAUAAUAAAUUUUUCGACUUUAAUAUUUUUGAUACUGCUGGUGCAAAAGAAUUAAAUUAUUUAAUUAAAAAUUCAAUUAAACAAUGUGAUUUAUUUGUUAUUGUUUGCUCAUUAACUGAUGACAAAUCCAUUGAUAGUAUUCAAUAUUAUAUAGAAUUAAUUCAAAAUGGGUUAAAUAGAAAGCAUGAUAUUCCAAUGGUAAUUGUUGCAAAUAAAUUAGACAUUUUGGGUGGUUUAGAAAAUCCAAUGGUAAAAAAUCAAAUAAAAAAAAUAAAUAAAAAAUAUAAAAACUCUCAUUGUAUUUUAUCUUCGUCGAAAAAUAAUGAAAAUUUAAAUAAUAUAUUAAAAUCAUUAAUUAAACAAGUUAAUCAAAUUGAAAAAAAUAGAAAACAAUUAUUAAAUCAUCAAUCUUCUCCAUUAAGAAAUUUAAAAAUUUUUAAAAAUAUAAGACUUUUUUAA